GGGUCGCCGCCGACACUGCACUACGUACUUACCCCUCGCUGUCCCCAAUUAUGCUGAGGAGACAGACCGCAGUGCUGAGGGUCGUCGCGGGGAGGAGGUACUACGCGAGCGCCGUCGAGGCUGCUGUGCCGAAGAAGAAGAAGGUGUGGGACAGCGCGGAGGAGGCGGUGGGGGACGUCAAGGCGGGGGAUAUGAUCCUCAGCGGAGGCUUCGGGCUGUGCGGGACGCCUGAUACCCUCAUCGGGGCGCUGGCGAAGAGGCCCGAGGUGAAGAUGUUGACGGCCGUGUCUAACAACGCCGGGUCGGGCGAGCUGGGUCUCGGCAAGCUCCUGCAGUCCGGGCAAAUAGACAAGAUGAUCGCGUCCUACAUCGGCGGAAACAAAGUCUUCGAAUCCAUGUACCUCAAAGGCCAGAUCUCGCUGGAGCUCGUCCCGCAGGGCACGCUCGCGGAGCGCAUGCGCGCCGGCGCCGCGGGCAUCCCCGCGUUCUACACGCCCACGGGCGCCUCCACCGCCGUCGAGCAGGGCGCGAUCCCGCAGCGCUACGCGAGCGGGGGCAUGCAGGCGGGGGUGAAGGUCCCCGGGAAUCGGAAGGAGAGCAGGGAGUUUGGGGGGCGGCGGUAUGUGCUUGAGCCGGCGAUUUAUGGGGAUGUCGCGCUUGUGAGGGCGUGGAAGGUGGAUGAGGUGGGGAAUUGUGUGUUUAGGUAUACGGCGAAUAAUUUCAGCACGGUCAUGGCGAAGAACGCGAGGCUCACGAUCGUCGAGGCCGAGAACAUCGUCCCCGUGGGCUCGCUCUCCCCGAACGCCAUCCACCUGCCGGGCAUCUACGUCGACCGCAUCGUCCCCGCGACGACGCCAAAGCAGAUCGAGAUCGAGACCGUCGCGGUGGACACGACGCAGCCGUCCGAAACGCCGAGCAAGAAGGAUCUGGCGAAGGACAUGCGCCACCGCAUCGCGCGGCGGGCGGCGAAGGAGCUCAGGGAUGGGUUUUAUGUGAAUUUGGGGAUUGGCAUGCCGACGCUCGUGCCGGAGCAUUUGGAGCCGGGCGUGAAGGUGUGGCUGCAGAGCGAGAAUGGGAUUCUCGGGAUGGGGCCGUACCCGACCAGGGCUCAGCUGGAUGCGGAUAUUAUUAAUGCGGGCAAGGAGACCGUUACUCUCUUGCCGGGCGCGUCGGUCUUUGAUUCCAGUGAAUCCUUUGGUAUGAUCCGUGGCGGACAUAUUGAUGUUGCUAUCCUGGGUGCAAUGCAAGUAUCGCAGGCUGGUGACAUUGCCAACUUUAUGAUCCCCGGAAAGCUUGUCAAAGGUAUCGGAGGUGCCAUGGACCUAGUAUCCAAUCCAGACAGGACCAAGGUUAUUGCUGUCCUGGAGCAUUGCGCAAAAGAUGGUAGCCCGAAGAUCCUGAAAGAGUGCGCCUUGCCAUUGACAGGAGCUCGGACUGUCAGCCUCAUCAUCACGGACCUCGCGGUAUUUGAGGUGGACCGCAACGCGGGGGAGCUGGAGUUGAUUGAGCUUGCGGACGGUGUUACCCUUGACGAGGUCAAGGCUAAGACGGGAUGCGAGUUCAAGGUGAGGAGUAACCUGGGGAAGGUCUGAUUGUAAGGAUACGCACCCGCGCUCGCUACCGUAUUCGGCCAGUAGAUUCCUUAUUCGGCUACUCGCUACUAUAUUCGGACUCUAAGCUAUACGGCUCCUUCGGAGCCUUCGAGUUAAUCCUCUUCGCAUUCAUUUCGUCUCUUCUCGUAUUCUUCUAUUUUCUGUCUCUAUCUCUUCUAUUCGGUACAUGUAAUCUCGUAGUAUAAAAGCCC